GCCUCCGACGUGGAGCGUUCUAUUUAUAUAUCUAUUUUGGUUUAUUUUGGAACCACAUAUUCUCUUCGGCAUAGGAAACAUACAUAUAUGCUUAAACAUUGGACUUUCUGUGAAACGGUUGGGCAUUUCUUCAAAGAAAGGUGGCCAAAUACCUCAUACGUUGUGCAACGCCGGCGGGGAUUAGAGGAUUGACGUUGGAGUGCACCGGCAACACCAAGAUAUAUAGAUUUUCCAACGUCCAAGAACAUAUAGAAAUCGGUGUCAACACAAAUAUGGCCAUUAUGUAACGCACCGACUCCUGCUCCAGCAUAUUUAGCACACUAGCGACACCCAAAGACCGGAUCACCAUGGACCUCCUGGUUUUCCUCACGGCGGCGGCCCAUCUGGUCUACACGCCCUUUACCAAAGUUGAGGAGAGCUUCAAUCUGCAGGCCAUGCACGACAUUCUGUAUCUGCGCAACAACUUUACGCAGUACGAUCACCAUGACUAUCCGGGCGUAGUGCCCCGCACCUUCAUCGGCCCGCUGGUGGUGUCCAUGAUCUCCGCCCCGUUCGUUCUGCUCUUCGAGACUCUGAGCAUCAGCAAGUUCUGGGCCCAAUAUGUAGUGCGCCUUGUCCUGGCUGGAGCCAUCUCGGUGGCCUGGUGCAACCUGCGGCAGGCGGUGACCAAGAUUUACGGCGUCGAAGUGCGUCUGUGGUUUACGGCCAUCACCAUCACACAGUUCCACUUCAUGUUCUACAUGACGCGGCCCCUGCCGAACAUCUUCGCCCUGCCCAUUGUGCUCUUUGCCAUCGCCUAUUGGCUCCGCGAUCAGCACAAGCCAUUCAUCAUCUGCUCUGGCAUAUCCAUCCUGGUCUUUCGCUCCGAGUUGGCACUAUUUUUGGGUCUUCUGCUGCUCGUGAGCCUCCUGCAGCGCAAGUUCUCCAUUGACGGCCUGCUCAAGAUUGCUCUGCCGGCGGGCGUCUGCAUUUUGGCCGCCACAGUGCUGGUGGACUCCUUCUUUUGGCGCCGCCUGCUCUGGCCCGAGGGCGAGGUGCUCUGGUACAAUACUGUACUUAACAAGAGCUCCAAUUGGGGCACUUCGCCCUUCCUCUGGUACUUCUACUCGGCUUUGCCACGUGCCAUGGGUGCAUCGCUGGUGCUUGUGCCCAUCGGCCUCACUCUGGAGCCACGGAUUCGUCCGCUGGCGUUGUCAGCUCUGCUCUUUGUCCUGAUGUACUCUAUCCUGCCCCACAAGGAGCUGCGAUUCAUCAUCUACGUGUUUCCAGUUCUCAAUAUUGCAGCAGCUUGCGGCUGCCAGCGCAUUUGGAUGAACAGCGCCAAGUCGACGUGGCAUAGCUUCCUGGCCCUUGCCUGCGGAGCUCACCUACUGUUGAAUGUCUUGAUGACCAUAUUUUUGCUCGUCAUUUCGGGCACUAACUAUCCAGGCGGAGCUGCCCUUUCCCGCUUGCAUCGCUUGGAGAAUGGCUCUCCAAAUGUGUCCGUGCACAUUUCCAACUUGGCCGCCCAGAGUGGCGUCUCCCGUUUCAUGGAAAUAAACGAUGAGUGGACGUAUAGCAAGGACGAGUCCAUGAACUACACCCAAGCGGACCUAGAGUUGUACACCCAUCUCUUGGUGGAGGCGAAAAACAAGCAGAAUACGGAAAUUUGGGCCUCUCUGCAAAACGAUUUCGAUACUCUGGAGUUUGUUGACUGCUUCAACAGCAUUGGUAUCCAAUACAAUUCAUUGCUGCCGGUGCGAGUAAAAACCAAGCCUUGCAUUGGAAUACUUAAAAAAAAGGCACUGCCUCCAAAGGAAAAGUCGAAAACCAAGGAGAAAAAGAUUAAAAUCAAAGCUCCCGCGGUUGAGAAAGUAACUGCCCUGCCUACCGUUGAAGAUAUACCAAAGAUAAAAGAAGAAACGAAAAUCAAACCGAAGCUUCAAGCAGAUCUGGAUGAUGACGAUGGCAUAGUGGCAACUGUGGAGGAGAUGUCCCUAGAAAUAGAAACGAAUAUUGAACCUGAAGCCGAAGUUGAGGCAGAAGCCGUGGAAACUCCCACCAAGGAGAUAAACUUCCAGGAGCUGCGGACCCUCGCCUUGGGACAGGCGACCAAAAAAUCACGAGCAGCUACCAAGCUGAAAAUACGAAAGAUCAUCGAGCAGCACUACCGAGCCAAGGGCAAACAAAUCGAAAACGACUCCGCAGAGCAGAAUCAAAAAACCCCAGGUUCCCCCGGCGGACGCCCAGGGUUAAGACAGUCUGUAAAAUCCAUCAUUAAGCAGGAGAAGAUCAAGGAAAUGAUCGAGCAGAUCGCAACGAUGGACCUCACACGCAUCUGCGAUUUGGAAAAGACAUCGACAAAGGACUGUUUGAAACAGGUCAUUGACAAAAUAGAUGAUAGCGAAGGCUUAAAAACCAAAUGACAAAACAUAAAAUAUUUUUGAAUGUUUUUAAAUUAAAAGAUGAGUUUGUAAAAAGGAAA